AUGUGCUUGUCAUAUUUCCAGGUGCACUCAGCUCUGCAGCAAGGAUGCGGCCAAUUGGCCGUGCUGUUGGUGGCCAGUCAAAGUCCUGUGUCUCAGCUGGAGGUUUUGCGAGCGAUGGAAUACGGCGGGGUGUAUGUUGCUUCGGCCGAGCUGGAGAAUCCAGGAGAAUGCCUGAAGGAAGCUGCGAGCUACACUGCCGGCCCUUCGUUGGUUUUGCUUGCGGAAGCAGCUGCAAUCAAGGGAGACGAGCGCUGGACUGCCUUCAGAUAUGAUCCUCGCAGAGAGGAUGCAGGUGGCUGCGCUUUUGUCACUGACAGUAGCCGUGUGCGUGAAGAGAUUCAGGGCUUCCUGUCGCGGGAGAGCUUGCUGACGCUCAUUGCCAAGAAGUCUUUGCCAUCCGCCAAUGCGGGGGAAGCAGAGGGUGGAGCAUUGAGUGAAGGUUUGGCCGCCGCUUCCAAGACGGUCACUGUGCUUUAUUCGUCGGACACUGGACAUGCGGAAGAAUGUGCCAAAGCUGUUGCACGACAAUGCCGCAAUGGUGGUUAUGCUGGCAGUGCCGUCCGCUGCGGCACUAUGGACUCCUUCGAUGUUGGAGCUUUGGCUUCUGAGCCCCUGGUUGUUUUCUGCGUGGCCACCGCAGGUAAAGGCGAAUUCUGCGGCAACGGUCGAAACUUUUUCCAGAAGUUGAGCGACCGCAGUGAUCUUGCACUGAGUGAUCUCAAGUACUGCAUUUUUGGCCUUGGAGAUUCUCACUACUGGGGCAAGGGCACUGAGGAGUCCAAGUUCAACUUUGCCAAGCCGGCACGCGACUUGGACAACCUCUUGGAAAAGAUGGGGGCCCAACGCAUGAUGCCGACGGGCUUUGGAGAUGAUCAGGACGUGGACCAAUAUCACACCGGAUUUGCCGAGUGGAAAGGUCAGCUGUUCUCCCGCCUUGGUGUCGACAAGGCAGAUGCAGCGGGAGGCAGUGAUGAUGGGCCAGUGAAGACUGAUGAGCAGAUCAAGGUGGAGACCAAGCAGCUUCGAGGAAGCAUGAAGGAGAGCUUGGAUGAUAUCACCACUGGUCAGAUUCCCUUCCAGGACACUAAGCUGAUCAAGUCCCAUGGCAGCUACCAGCAGGAUGAUCGCGAUUUGCGUGAAGAGCGACAGAAGAUGGGCGUGGAGAAUGCCUUCAGCUUCAUGAUUCGUGUGCGUUUGCCCGGUGGUUUCUGCACUGCUGAGCAAUGGAUUGCCAUGGAUGACAUUUGCCAAAACUUUGCGAACGGCACCUUGAAGAUCACCACUCGUCAGACGUGGCAAGUUCAUGGAGUCUUGAAGAGGGAUGUCAAGAACACCAUGAGGGCGAUGAACAAGGCUUGCAUGGAUACCGUGGCUGCUUGCGGAGAUGUUUGCCGGAAUGUACUGUGCACAUCACGUCCUGAUGUUUGCAGCAAAGAGCUCCACAAGGAGAUCUUGCACUACACCUAUGACAUCCAUGAUCAUUGCCUGCCACGUUCUGGUGCCUAUCACGAGAUUUUCUUGAUGCAAGGUGAUGAGAUGGCUGAGAAAACUCAGAUCAUGGGAUCAACACCAGUGGAGGAGGAGCCUUUGUACGGCUUGACAUACCUGCCCCGCAAGUUCAAGGCUGGCUUCAACGUGGCCGUUGGUGGUGGUUUGGGAUUUACCCACAACAACCAGAAGACUCAUCCCAGAUUGGCAGAUGUGAUUGGCUUUUGCAAGCCUGGUCAAGCGAAAUAUGUGUGCGAGUGCAUCCUCACUGUUGCACGCGAUUUCGGCGAUCGUACUGGCCGCAAGCAUGCUCGGGUGAAGUACACCGUGGAAGAUUACGGUCCCGCUUGGUUCAAGGAGCAGGUGGAGGAACGCCUUGGCUAUCCUCUUGAAGCAGCAAAGCCUUACACCUUGGAGCACCGUGGAGACAUGCAUGGUUGGGUGAAAGCCAACGAUGGAACUUGGAGCUGUGGCCUUUUGAUUCCAAUUGGUCGAGUCAAGGAGAGCUCCCGGGUGUGCAUUCGCAAGAUCGCUGAGUUGCUGAAGGGUGAGGGUGGCUUCCGCAUGACCUGCAACCAGUCUCUCGUCUUGGAGAACAUCUCUGAGGCCAAGAAACCGAUGGUGCAGAAGCUCCUGGAUGAGUACAAGGUGAUGCACAGCAAGGAGACAACUGUGAGUGGACUGCGCCGCAACAUGGUAGCAUGCGUUGCCUUGCCAACUUGUCCUUUGGCCUUCGCAGAGGCAGAGCGCUACCUGCCUACCUUGGUGGAGCGCUUGGAGGCUGUUGCUGACAAAUGCGGCAUUCAACAGGACGAUAUCGUUAUCCGAAUGACAGGAUGCCCCAACUCAUGCGGAAGGCCGUCCAUGGCAGAGAUUGGCUUUAUCGGCAAGGCCCCUGGUACCUACAACAUGUACAUGGGUGCUGAUUUCGUGGGCAAGCGCUUGAACACCCUCUACGCUGAAUCCGUGAGCGAGGAUGAAAUCAUCAAGAUUCUUACUCCAAUCUUUGGCCAAUACGCCAAGGAAAAGGAGAAGUCCGAGCGCUUUGGUGACUUUGUGGUUCGCAAAGGAAUCAUUAAAGAGAUGAAGAAUGGCCGCGACUGGUGGACCACUCCCGAGGUCUGA